AUGCAGAGCCGCGCUUCGUGGUAUGUAUACUUAUGGGCGAUAAGAGCCGUGCGACCGCGGCCGUCGUCGUCGCUUUUUCUUCUUCCACGCUCGUUGCCAGUGCCAGUGUCCCGCCUACCGCCCAACGCUCGUUGCAAUUUGUCUACUUUUCACGGCGUCCACUACUCGGUGCAGACUGGUAUGAGCAUGCCCAUGAGACGCGGAGCCCCCGGGCCCGCGGUUCUAGGUGCCCAUCAACAGACGCCGACGCCAGAGAACUCGACGACCACGUAUACUCUACCGCCCGAAGCGAGUACCGACGAGUGGAAGGCAAUCUACAAUACGUGGAAGGAAGAUGGCCUUCCGGGACAGAGUUUUCCUGUCGCGCCACAGAGCACCCCGCAGACGGUGGAGAUUGAGUACACGAAAGACCCGGGUGGCCACAUCCAUUAUAUCGCUGUCAUGACACUGCCGGGGCCAGCCCCACCCACUAUUAGUACGACAGUUCCGCCAACGGGUGUCUCUGCAUCCUCGCCAACCGGCGACGCGGCACAGAACACAGGAAAUAGCACUGACAUUCUCAUGGAAAGCAGUACGAAGAGCCGGUCGCGCAUGUCCGAAACCAGCCGGACGUCGCUGACCGAUGUGAUGCUGUCAACGUCGACGUUCGGCGCCGAUCCCUCACCACUCGGCGCGACAGACGUUGUCCCCACGACGAGCAUCGCACCGACCUCCGCGUCCGCGGCGUCUUCCGCCUCCUCACCCACCCAUUCCGCCAGACCCGGCACGCCCACACAUGCGGUCGCGAUCGGCGUCGGCACGUGCAUCGCCGCUCUCCUCCUGGCCGCGGCCGCGUUCCUGAUAUACCGCAAGUGCAAGCGCCGGCGCGACCGCCGCGCGUGGGAGCGCACACACGCCGAGAUCGCCGACGCCGUGCGCCAGGUCGGCGGCGCCGGAGCGGCUGUCGGGGGCGGGGUGGCUGCAGCCGGAGCUGGCGGUGCUGCUGGCCGGCGGGUGAGCGCGUUGAGCGGUAUUUGGCGGCGGAUCGGCGGUGGUGGCGGCACGGGGUGGCGGCCGGGCGUUAAAGAGAAGAGCGGGGAGGAGCCGUGGAUGGUGCAAGAGAAGCUGGAGCAGGCAACGGAGGAGGGACAUGGGCUUGCUGCGUCGGAUUUCAGUCAUGACCUCGGGGCGGGGACGCGCUAUCUGAGCGCCGCGGGGUACCACCAUGAGCGCAGUCGGAGCAGGGACAGCGUGUCGAGCUCGGAAGUUAGCUCGCAGAGCAGUCUUGUUGGGCCUGGAUGA